UAUGUAUUUGAUUGAAAAUCACAAACAUGGAAGGCCAAUUCCAAGCGUUUUGCCACCAAAUUUGAUACCACCUUCGUUCCGAUCUGGUGUUGUCUCUUCCGGCAGUGAAGAGCUGGAUGCUUUACAACGUGAAGUCGAAAAGCUGAUCCUGGAGCGUCGAGAAGCGGACCAGCAAAUUGUUCAACUGGAAGCCGAUAUGACCGUCAAAAAUAGCGAAAUUAAAAAUCUGAAGAUUGAGCUAACAACGCUGCAAGAUACGGUACUGCAAUUGGAACGGCAAAAAGGCGAGGCUGCAAAACGUUUGGAAGCACUGGAUUUACAGGUUGUUCAGCUGGAACACGCAGUGGAGCAAUCCAAAGAAAAAGUGAAGGAGGAAGAGGCAAGACUCAACGAACUUCGCGCCCAGUGCGCUCGAAAAGAUGACAGAGUUCAAACUCAGGAACUUUUGCAAGCACAAAAAGAAGUGCAAGCACUGGAAGAUAAGAAACAAGCGCUUUCGGCUGCACUUGCGCACCGUAAUGCCGCAAUUGAAAGUGCAUCUCUGCAACUCACAAAGCUAAAAAAAGCAACGGAACGUUUGAGGCGGCUGAUCGAAAGUAAGGAUAUUGAGACAAUAAAGAAGGAGCAAAAUGAACUCUUCGCUACACUCACCAAAAUUUCUCCUAUAGUUGAAAAUCAAGGCUUUCCUGGUGCUGCUUUUCACACUGAUCCCUUCGCUUCAGCUACCCGGCAAGAUGUGGUAUUCGAAUGUGAUCCAUUUGCAAGCAGCAACAGCACACCAUUCGCCAGUUUCGAUGCUUUCUCGGGAAAAGAUCCAUUUAGUUCGGAGCAGACAGUGAAGUCGCCAUCGGCUUACCAAGCUUCGUCCACAAAAGCACCGCCACCACGGCCUGCACCACCGAAAACACGCCAGACUCCGGUGAACGCCAUUGAGCCGGAUCCCUUUUCUGGAUCGUAAGU